AUGAGCGCACCGCCGGACCUGCGUCUCGUUGCCGAAAAGCUUUCGGCGCCGCCCUUCAACAUCACAUGCACGCCGAUAGCCCUCCAUGACGACGUUCCCACUGUUCAGCUCGUCCAGAUCGCGAGCAACGUGAUGGCCUACAUCGACGAGGCCAACCCACACUCGAUGCACCGCGGCGUGGAUCUCCGGAAGGAGCCGCCCGAAGAUACCGCCUAUCGCUUCGGCGAGUUCUUGCGGCUGCUCAAGUUCAAGGACGCAUAUGACGGCGAGCUCUUUUCCAAAUACAUCGUCGAGGGAAGCAGACCGUGCCUGCUGGAUAUUCUGUACUUUCUUCUCAAGGACCUGGCAACGCACAAGAAGCGAGCAUAUCUCGCGCCGUACCUUGCUGUCGUGGACGUGCCGCCCGAGUAUAUGCAGGACGAAGGCAAGUCUCGCGCGUCGAGGGAAGCAAGCCUGUGGCAAACGCCGGCUGGGUCUGUGGUUGACCUGGUGACUCAGGUCGAAAGCCUGCAGGAUCAAUUCAAAGCAGUCCACAAGCAUGUCGAUGGGCUUCGCAGCUCUGGCAACAAUGCGGCAAUUGUGAAACGCGAGAUCCAGCAGAUGGAGGAAGAGAAACAGCAGGUUCUCAGCAAGAUUGCAAAGAUCCGGAAGAAAGUCGAGCAAGUGCCCAACCACGAGGCUUGGAUCCAGGCCGCAAAGAACCUGAGGCUGGAGCAGAAAUCCGAGAUCACGAUCAGUGACAAGAUCAAGGAGCAGAAAUCCCAGAUUGCGAUACAUGAGAAAAAGAUCCAGGCGAUGCAGCAGAAGCUCAAGGAAGUCCAGUCCUUGUACAGCGGUGCUGGCGCCGAUGUGAUAUUUGGGAAGAUGCAGGAGGAAACCAAGAUGAACAAGUAUCUCGCCACCGAGAACUUACCGAAGGGAAUCGAGGAGACCAAGAAGCAGAUCGCAGAAGUUGUGCAGCUGAUGUCGCAUUCGGUUGUAAGUGAGACGGACAUGCGUCCCCUCGAAGCCGAGAUCAAGGAGCUCAACGAGCAGAUUGCAAAGCUGGCUGAGAAGCGACUGCUCAAAAAUAGCAACGGAGAGGACAAGUUGGCACUGUUUCGACAGCAAGCGGCGAUCAUAUCCCGCAAAAAGGAAGGCACUGCGCAAAAGUUGGCAACUCUGGGUGAGGAGAUCAACCUGCUGCAGACAGAUCUUGCCAAGAAGCGAGAGCAGGCCAAAGGGGUCCAAGGUGCCAAGAUCCUCAAGGGCGAGGAGUUCAAGCGCUAUGUCAGCGAGCUCCGUGGCAAAUCGAUGGUGUACAAGCGCAAGAAGGCGGAGCUCUCCGAAAUGACUGCCGAGUACGGGAUCCUGCAGCGCACCGAGGAGUUGCUGAAAAUCCGAGAGCGGCCCCUGCAGGAGGCUUUGACUGCUCUCGAGAAGCAGAGCGGCGUCUCGGGCUUCCAUGCCGCUCAGGAAACGCUCGAGAAGGUUUCCGAACGCAAGAGCGAGAUUGACGAGGCCAAAGGGAAGACUUUGGAAGAGAUCUCGAAUCUCAUCCAGAAGCUGACCCAGACCAUCAACGUACGUAUCACAGACGAGGAGGCGGUGCAUUGGUGCAAGGAAUAUGCGAAUGCUUGCAGCUGCAGAGGAGAGGUCAAGAAAGCAUGCUCUCGUGGCUUCACACCAACUCGCUCGCGUGGAUCUCAUAUCGCCCACAUUCCUCCACGCACUCGCACUCAGGACAAGAAAUCGCUCCUUGCGCCGGUGAUCCAGCAGCUGCGCCAGCUCAGGCAGCCUGUUCAGGAUCUCGAGGCCGAGUAUCAUGAAAAGAAGCGCAUCUACGACUCCACCAUGGCGGGGCUGACCUCAGAGACCACUCAGAUCGAGCAGGAAGUCAAGUCGUAUCGCCAGGACAUCAUGAAUGAUCAGAGCCGCGAGCACUAUCUCAACACCAUGAUUGAGAUCUGUGAAAUCGCUCAGGAGCGAGUGAUGCAUGAAAUGAAGGCGUACAUUGGAGGCGACGACUCCAUCGAAGCCCAGCAAAAGGCACGCGGUUUCAAGACCUACCGCGACCUCUACAACAAGCGAAUCAUGGAGCAGGAGAACCUCGGCAAGUCCUUCCGAGAGCAGCAAAAGGAGAUUAAGGCAAAAUACGAGCCCAACAUCAAGCAACUGGGUAUGUUUGCCGACGUCAAGAAACUGCUGCUUCUGAAGCUCGCACACAACAAGCGACUGCUAGCGACUGGCGGCCAGAAGGACGAGAUCGGCGGGAGGCGCCAAGAGGACAGGAUGUGCUGA